AUGGAUGGAAUUCCAUGGGACCAGGUCAAGGCCGGGGAUCUGGAGCCCUUGCAGGUCGCGCUCUUCUCGAGUUCGACCUCGCGCAGGCUCCGGGCCCUGCAAGAACUUCGCGAUAGGAUCGGAGCCGAACUAUCUCCGGAAUCCCACCAUGAUAUCCUAGCGCUACUCUUCCAGACCUACCCCCGCUACGUCGACCGACCAUCACGACAUGCCGUUCAGCAAUGCCUCCGCAUCCUCCUCCAAACGCCGGCCGCCACAGAACACCUAAAAUAUUUGACCCAAAAUCUGCAGACCGAGGCAGUGAAAGGCGGUCUGAACUCGGCGUCGGCAUUUGUUUUGCUGGAAUGGUGCUGCAUUCUCUUGCAGCAGGCUAGCGAGGAUGAGGCCUCGCCUCUGGCCAUUGUUCUGGACCUGAUCACCGUGGAUGCAAAGGCGUUAGAAAACUGUUUCGCACACACACCCAAGGCCGCAGUGAGGCUAUCGGCCCUCCGUGUUACCAGACGUGCUCUGCGCGCGGUGUUCUCCAACCAGACAUGGGGUGAGGACGCUGUGCGUCAGUCGGUCAGCCGACUGACUGCAGACACAACGACGGGAUCUAAAAACGCGCUACUCCUAGGAGUCAUCUCUGGAGUUUGCGCACGACUGUCCGCCAUAAAGUCGGUUCUUGAGGAGUCAAAGAAGGCAAUCCUAGCCUUCUAUGUCAAGGAGAUUAUCAGCUCAAAAUCUGCGGUGCCUUCCCAUGUGGCCGAAGGACUGACGGACUUCUUUGCCUCCUUUGUCACCGCUGAGGAUGUGGCCACUGAACUGGUGCCUCCGAUGGAGAAAUCCAUGCUGAGAGCACCUGAGGUGAUCCUGACAGGCGUGAUUCCGCCUUUCAGCUCUUCUUUGCCCGAAGCGAUUGACCUCUCAGAGUUGGUCCAAACGCGUUUCUCGAAACAUCUUCUGACCAGCAUGAAGUCGAACAAUGCAGCAAUUCGACAAGGGGCCACCGACUCCUUCAAAUCCUUGCUCUCUCGGUGCAAGACCGAAUCCUUAGUCCAGAAGAUCACCACUGAAAUCCUCGGUCCCUUGAAAACACAGAAGAUCACCUCUCCCGAGCACCGUAUUGCCUAUGUACAGGCGAUCUCGGCCGUUCCAUUGUCUGUGGACGUUUCGAAGGAGAUUGUUCAGGGAUUCGGACCGCUCUUUAACCGAGAGUCCAACGAGGCCGCUCUGGAAGAAGAGCUCAAGGCCUUCGACACACAUCUUGCUUUCCUUAUCCAAUCGCGUGUCAAGAUCAGUGAUGACAUUAUAAACACCAUCGUCAAGGGCAUUUCCGAGAAGCGAAUCCCAUUCCGGAAGAUCUGGCAGCUCAAUGUAGGCGAAGUGCUGUGGACCUCCGAUGUCACUGCCUUGAAGAGCCCUGAGAUCGAGCCCUUCGUCUCCAAGUUCCUUUCGAAGAUGCAGGAUUUGUUUGGAGAGGUUGCCUCCAAUUCGCUUCCCUCCGCACAAAGUGGCGCCCUCUCGUCCGCAUAUGUCUUCUUGGCUCUGUUCCAGCGUAUUUCGGACAUUUCAGGGUCUGAGAAAUCAACCUGGGAAGAGAAGGCCUCUCAAUCCAUGAUCAUGGGGUCAAAGCCCUCCUUCCUUCUUAACCCCAAGACCUAUUCGAAGGUGGGAUCCCAGGCCGAGAUGCAAUGGCUGGUUAGGGCUCUAGCGGCUGUCACUUCUGGAUCCAAAUUCAACGACUCCGAAGACUCUGCCAAGACCGCUUGGGGUCAGGCCUUUAUUUAUGCCAUUACUGGUCCCUCCAUGUCCACGAAAUUCUGUGAAGGUGCCGUAGGAACCCUGUCUGAAGUUCACAAGAAGGAUGUCGCAUCCAUCGGACAUACUGUCAUUAACGCUCUCUGGGCUUGGAUCUUUUCUUUCCGGACUGCGGAGAAGGAAUCGGCUGCUGUUUCCGCAGGGCCGGCGAGCGAGCGCCUGCUUCAUCUGGUCUUGAAAAGCCUCUGUCCUGUUCCUAAUGAGGGCUCCCAGGGUCCCUCUCCCGAUAUUGAAAAUGAACUCAUCAAUAUGCUUGUCCUUGGCCGUCAAGAGAUGAUCCCCAAUGCUUCCUGGAUUGAUCUGUGCUUGAGGACGGGCACCGAUCCUGGAAACCUGGUUCGCGCUCACCCCACAGAGUGCAUUGAGCAAUUAGUCCGCGUCAACACAGACGUUGCUCAAUCAAUUGUACCUCAAGUGAACUCCGCCGUGUGGAGCGCCGCAGGUGAUCUGGCGUUCGUUGCUCCUGAUGUCAUGAUCCCCCGUCUUGUUGACCAAAUCAAGGAAGCCUUGGAUGGCGCUCGCCUUUCCAAGUUCACCGCUACCGACGCCGCGAUUUCCCGUACUCCCGAGGGAACUGUCUUUGUUGAUGUGCUGAGCAGCAAGUCUAAGCAACCUACUUUCAACAAGAGCACCAAGGAUUAUGACACAUUGAAAUGGGAGGAGGAGCUUAGAGCACAGCUAGCAGAGAAGAAGGGCCAAAAGCAAAAGAAGCUCACUGCCGAGGAGCAAUCCAAGGUCAAUGCUCAGCUCAAGAAGGAGGCAGAGAUUCGGAAGGAGGUCCUUCAAGAAGUCAAGCGAAUCGAACGAGGAGCUGGCCUUAUUCGGGGACUUGCGACUGGUCCUGCCAAUGAUCCUGAAGGGUGGAUCAACGCCGCUGUUAGCUGCCUGCUUUCUCUUGCUGAAGCAGGUGCUGGGCUGUUUGUCGGCGAUGUUGUGUCCCAGGCUUAUAUCGUGUGUGCCAAUGAACUGUCUUCGCGUCUAGGCAACACCCGGCCGUUUGUGGGUAUCGCAACACUUCGUGCCAUUGGAAACACCAACCUACCUGCGGAGAUGGAAAGAGAGCACCUUGGAGAGCUUGUUACGAGGAUUCUGUACAGGUUGCGGUUUGCAUGUGAACAGCGCCCUCUGGACACCCCAUCUCUCGCUUAUGUGUUACCGCUGAUCUCUUUGAUCUUGACUCGGAAUGGGAUCGAGGAAGUCAAGGGUGACACCGAAGGCGAGCAGGUUUUACUUGCUCUUGAGUUUUUGUCUUUCCACUCCAGCUCCUUCGCAGACGUUCGGCUGCCUCGCGUUGAAGUUCUCCAGCAGCUUCUCUCUGCCAUGCAGAGAUACACUCAGCAUUACAAGUUGAUCAAGGAUACGCUGUUCGACUUCUGCCGCUGCAUUUCUCCUAACAUAGGUAGUGAAGAGCUGAACACUCUUCUGGAAGGUACCAUUGUCUCCGAAGCCUCUGUCAGGACAUCUGUCCUGCAGGUGAUCGACGAUGAAAUCGACCUGACAGAUCUCGACUUUUCCGAGCACAUUUGGCUGAGCCGCCACGACCACGUGGAAGAAAAUGCCGAAAUCGCAGACUCGAUCUGGGAAGUGAACGCCUUGGAGGUGGAUGACACGGCCUACGCUAAGAUCAUGAAAUACCUGGACUCCAAGGACAAUCAACUCCGAGGUGCUGCCGCUCGUGCCCUGGCCGCCGCGAUCGAGACCGACAAGAGCAAGUUCGACGGUAUUUUGGCCGAACUCGAAGCCAAGUAUGCGGAAGAGGUCAAGCCCAAGGCUCCCGAAAAGGACGCUUAUGGAAUGCCCAAGAAGAUGGACAACACCGACAUUUGGGAAUCCCGAAGCGGUAUCGCGCUCGCAUUCAAUGCCAUGACUGGUUUCUUCGAAGGUGAUCAGAUCAUUUCUUUCUUGCAAUUUUUGAUUGAAAGAGGCCCUCUCGUCGACAAAAACUCUUCUGUUAGAGCGCAAAUGCAGGAAAGUGGCAAGUCUGUCAUUGCGGAACGAGCCCAGCAAAAGGUUGAGGAUCUUAUGAAGCUGCUCGAGGCAACUCUUGAAACCUCCGACAAGGCGACCCAGAGCUCUGACCUGCUGAACGAGGCGGUCGUGGUGCUCUACGGAUCUCUGGCCCGUCACUUGAAGGCCAAUGAUCCUCGUCUGCAGACAGUCGUCAAGAAGCUUCUUGCGACACUCCCUACUCCUUCCGAAACUGUACAAUCCGCCGUUUCGGAGUGUCUGCCUCCAUUGAUCAGAUUAUCUGGUCCUCAGACAGCAGACUAUGUGAAGGAAAUGCUUGAUUCGUUGCUCAACGUCAAGAACUAUGCCACCCAGCGUGGUGCUGCCUACGGUCUCGCAGGUAUUGUGAAAGGCAAGGGUAUUUCAACAUUGCGGGAGUUCCGAAUCAUGAGUCUGUUGACCGAUGCCACCGAGAACAAGAAGGAACCCCAUCAAAGACAAGGCGCUCUGUUGGCAUACGAGCUUUUCGCGUCCGUCCUCGGACGUACCUUUGAGCCCUACGUCAUCCAGAUCGUUCCUCAGCUUCUUGCAGGAUUCGGCGACGUCAACAUCGAUGUCCGCGACGCUUGUCUGGAUGCUUCCAAGGCUUGCUUCCAGAACCUUAGCUCGUUCGGUGUGAAGAAAAUCCUUCCAACUCUCCUUGAUGGUUUGGAUGAUACUCAAUGGCGUAGUCAGAAGGGAGCUUGCGAUCUUCUUGGAGCCAUGGCCUACCUUGACCCGCAACAACUGGCUGCCAGCCUGCCUGACAUCAUCCCACCUCUUACUAUUGUCCUUAACGAUACGCACAAGGAAGUCCGUAAUGCAGCGAACCGCAGUCUCCAGCGCUUCGGAGAGGUCAUUAGCAACCCUGAAGUCAAGAGCUUGGUUAAUGUGCUUCUGAAAGCCCUGAGUGACCCCACGAAGUACACCGACGAGGCGCUGGACUCCCUUAUCAAGGUGUCUUUCGUGCACUACCUGGAUGCUCCGUCCCUCGCUCUUGUCGUGCGUAUCCUCGAGCGUGGUCUCGGAGACCGGUCCGCUACCAAGCGCAAAUCUGCACAGAUCAUUGGCAGCUUGGCCCAUCUUACCGAGCGCAAGGACCUUAUUUCGCACUUGCCUAUCAUUGUGGCUGGUCUCAACCUGGCUAUUGUCGACCCUGUUCCUACUACUCGUGCUACCGCUUCCAAGGCUCUUGGUUCGCUUAUCGAGAAGCUCGGAGAGGAUGCUCUGCCCGACCUUAUUCCCAACCUUAUGACUACUCUCAAGUCGGACACCGGUGCUGGUGACCGACUGGGAUCUGCUCAGGCCCUUUCGGAGGUUCUUGCUGGUCUGGGUACCGCAAGAUUGGAGGAGACCUUGCCUACUAUCCUGCAGAACGUCUCCAGCUCCAAGCCUGCUGUUCGUGAAGGCUUCAUGACCCUCUUCAUCUUCUUGCCCGCUUGCUUCGGUAACAGCUUCGCGAACUACCUCAGCAAGAUCAUUCCGCCAAUCCUUGCUGGUCUGGCUGAUGAUAUCGAGUCGAUCCGUGAGACCUCUCUGCGCGCGGGUCGUCUGCUCGUCAAGAACUUCGCUACCAAGGCCAUCGAUCUUCUGCUUCCCGAAUUGGAGCGUGGUCUGGCGGACGAUAGCUACCGCAUCCGUCUCAGUUCCGUCGAGCUGGUUGGAGAUCUUCUGUUCAGUCUUACUGGUAUUUCUGGCAAGGCGGACGCCGAGGAAGAGGAGGAAGAAGCAACCCAGGCCGGCCAGUCGUUACUGGAAGUUCUUGGAGAGGAGCGGAGAGACAAGGUCCUUUCGGCCCUGUUCAUCUGCCGCUGCGAUACCUCGGGUUUGGUCAGGAGUGCCGCUAUGGCUGUGUGGAAAGCCCUUGUUGCCUCUCCCAAGACCCUCAAGGACAUGGUGCCCACCCUGGCUCAGCUCAUCAUCCGCCGCCUCGGAUCCUCCAACAUGGAGCAGAAGGUCAUUGCAAGCAACGCCCUUGGCGACCUUAUCAAGAAGGCUGGCGAAUCUGUGCUGGCCACCUUGUUGCCGUUGCUUGAAGAGGGUCUCCAGACCUCGCCCGAUGUGGAUGUCAAGCAGGGUAUUUGUAUUGCUCUGCGCGAGCUCAUCACUGCCGCGACUCCAGAGGGCCUGGAGGACUUCGAGAAAGUUCUUAUCUCCACUGUGCGUGUGGCUCUGGUCGACAACGAUGAGGAUGUGCGAGAGGCUGCCGCCGAAGCCUUCGAUGCACUGCAACAGAUUCUGGGCAAGAAGGCCGUUGACCAGGUUCUGCCUCACCUUCUCCACCUGUUGAGAAACGACGAGGAUGCCGAGCAAGCUUUGUCUGCGCUGCUGACUCUCUUGACCGAGCAAACUCGUGCCAACAUCAUUCUUCCCAACCUUAUCCCCACGCUGCUUACGCCUCCUGUUUCCGCUUUCAAUGCCAGAGCCCUGGCAUCUUUGGCUGAGGUUGCAGGCUCGGCCAUGACAAGAAGACUGCCCAACAUCCUCAACUCUCUCAUGGAUGGAAGCAUCGAAACCAACGACGACGAGCUUCGCGAGGAACUUGACAAUUCCUUCGACACCGUGUUGCGUUCUGUGGAUGAGUAUGAUGGUCUGAACGUCGCCAUGAACGUGAUGAUCUCUCUUGUCAAGCACGAUGAUCACCGUCGCCGGGCUAAGGCCGCUCUUCAUCUCAAGACAUUCUUCUCGGAUGCUGAGGUCGACUUCUCCCGCUAUCACCCAGACUUGAUCCGCGUCUUGUUGAUUUCGUUUGACGACAGCGACAAAGACGUUGUCAAGGCAGCAUGGACCGCUCUCAGCGGCCUUGUCUCUUCCAUGCGCAAGGAGGAGAUGGAGGUUCUGGCUAUUCCCACCCGCCAGAUCCUGCGCCAAGUUGGCGUGGCUGGCGCGGACCUUCCUGGAUUCAGUCUCCCCAAGGGUAUCAUGGCCAUCUUGCCGAUCUUCUUGCAAGGUCUUCUCAAUGGCAACCCCGACCAGCGUACCCAGUCGGCCCUUGCUAUUUCCGAUGUCAUUGACCGUACUGGCUCUGAUUCGCUCAAGCCCUUCGUCACCCAGAUCACUGGUCCGCUCAUUCGUGUCGUGUCGGAACGUUCGACUGACAUCAAGUGUGCCAUCUUCUACACCCUCAACAAGCUUCUGGAGAAGAUUCCAUUGGCUGUCAAGCCCUUCCUGCCUCAACUUCAGCGUACCUUUGCCCGUGGUCUGGCAGACCCGUCUAGCGAGACUCUGCGCAACCGCGCGGCCAAGGGUCUUGGUAUCUUGAUCACUUUGACCCCAAGAGUUGACCCGCUCAUCGCGGAACUGAUCACCGGAUCCAAGACUACUGAUAUCGGUGUGAAGAAUGCUAUGAUGAAGGCUCUUAAGGAGGUGGUCGGUAAGGCCGGCGCCAACAUGAGCGAGGCAUCUCGGACUGCCAUUCUGGCUUUGAUUGACGAUGAUGCCAGUAACGAGACCGACUCCAUCGCAAUGACGAACGCACGCCUGCUCGGUGCGCUCGUCAAGGUCCUCCCCGAGGCGAGUGCAGUCCCUCUUAUCAAGAGCCGCAUUCUCAACGGAGAGUACUCGCACGCGUCUGUGCUUGGCCUGAACGCUCUAUUGGCGGAAGCUCCUGCCACUCUGAUGGAGCAUUUCCCUGCCGAGACCAUCACGGCCAUCUGCCAGGGCAUUGCGAACAAAGAUCCCUACGUGUCCGAUAACAGCGUCCUCGCCGCUGGUAAGUUCCUCCUGUCUGAGGAUGGCAAUCACAGCUUCGAGACGCACAAGGCCAUCUUCGAAGCCCUGGCGCCGGUCAUUCCCCCUGGCGCCAACACCGAUACCCGCCGGUUGACCCUCGUUGUCAUCCGAACCGUCAGCCGCCUGCACCCCGAGCUGACCCGCCCUCACCUGGCUAUGCUGGCACCGCCGAUCUUCGCCAGCGUCCGCGACCUGGUUAUUCCAGUGAAACUUGCCGCGGAAGCCGCCUUCCUGUCCAUCUUCGGGGUGGAGGAUUGCGAGAGCGAAGUCUUUGACAAGUACAUGGCUGGACCCGGUGCCUCGUUGCCCCCCGGCCCGAAGCGCAGCAUGUCGGACUACUUCAAACGCGUUGCGAUCCGACUUGCUACCCAGGCUCGUGAGCGCAAGGCUGCUGAAGGUGGCGAGGGUGGCCUGGGACUAUCUCAGGACGAGGUGGAUGACGAGAAGGAGGUAUGGAGUAUUGGUAAGGUGGAUUUGGGAGAUGAUUCGUUUGGCGAUGAGUGA